AAACAAACUGUACUCCCGUCUCCUGCCUGGUCAUUUCAACACAACACAAAUAUUACACUGGCGACGAGGUGAUUAAGCUUCUUAAACAGACAUUGCUUGAAGGGAAGAAUGUUGCGAAUGGUUGGACAUGAAGCUACGCUGGAACACUGAUGACUACCUGGGCAUCACUAUCAUCAGAGUCCCAUCGGACUCCAUCUGGAUCCCAGACAUUGUGCUCUAUGACAAUGCCGAUGGACGUUUAGAGGGCUCUGUCACAAAGGCUGUUGUCAAGUAUGAUGGCACCAUCACCUGGACACAGCCCGCUAACUACAAGUCAGCCUGCAUCAUCGAUGUCACCUUCUUCCCCUUUGACCUGCAGAACUGCUCCAUGAAGUUUGGCUCCUGGACCUAUGAUGGCUCACAGGUUGAUAUCCUCCUGCAGGACUUCCAUGUGGAUAAGAGGGACUACUUUGACAGUGGUGAAUGGGAUAUAGUGAAAGCAACAGGCAGCCGUGGUCUGAGGAUGGACGGAUCCUGCCACUUCCCCUUCAUCACCUACUCCUUCAUCAUCCGUAGACUGCCGCUCUUCUACACCCUCUUCCUUAUUAUCCCCUGUAUUGGCCUUUCCUUCCUCACCAUCCUGGUCUUCUACCUGCCCUCCAACGGCGGGGAGAAGAUCUCCCUGUGCACCUCUGUGCUGGUGUCCCUCACCGUCUUCCUUCUCGUGAUCGAGGAGAUCAUUCCUUCCUCCUCCAAGGUCAUCCCUCUGAUCGGGGAGUACCUGGUGUUCACCAUGAUCUUUGUCACGCUCUCAAUCGUCAUCACCGUCUUCGCCAUCAACAUCCACCACCGCUCCUCGCCCAUGCACCAAGGCAUGGCGCCCUGGGUGCGCCGUAUCUUCCUGCACAGGCUGCCUAAGCUGCUGUGUAUGCGCAGCAACGUGGACCGCUAUGCUACCCCCGGUGGGGCCAGGGCAGGACUGUCAGGGAGAGAGCGUGCAGGACUGUCAGGGAGAGAGGGGGCAGGACUGGCAGGGAGAGAGGGGGCAGGACUGGCAGGGAGAGAGGGGGCAGUAGGGGGCAUUAUGAAGUCCACCCCUCAUCUCUCCUCCACGAAUGACCUGCAGGCUGCUUUGGACUCUAUCCGUUACAUCACCAUGCAUGUGGUCAAGGAGAACGAGGUCAGAGAGGUGGUGCAGGAUUGGCAGUUUGUGGCUCAGGUUCUGGAUCGUGUGUUCCUGUGGACCUUCCUCCUGGUCUCAGUACUGGGCUCUGCUCUGCUCUUCAUCCCUGUCAUCUACAAAUGGGCAAAGAUCAUUGUCCCCAACCAUGCAGGCGGCAGCGGAUAAGACUAAACUGAGUCUAAGUGCACUGAGCACAACAAAUUCAGAGACACUACAGUCAGUGCAGAGGCAGAGACACUUACUCACAUGUGGGUGUGGGAGACCAGUUAUAAUUGCAAUGGAUUCUAGUUCCAUCAUGAUUUUUGAUUUGUGUAUAUGAAUGAGGGAUUAUUGUCUCUAUGUUUCUGUAUCUGUUUAUAGAUUAAAUUACAUACAAUUGUUUUAUAUUCUGGAAGGAGGAUACCUCCCUAUAGACAUAUCUCACAAAGUAAAGUAUAACAAUGAAUACAAUUCUCCAGGUUAUGUAAGGACCGACGCUGGAGAAGAGAAGCAGGUACAGGGAGUCGAACAUUUAAUAUGGAACAGACAUCAAACAGAGACAGCGUCAGAACUGGGUAUGCAAAGACAAACAAACAUUCAUCCUGAAGCAGGGAACAGACCUUGGGAACAAACAGAUAUAGGGGAGGUAAUAACACAGGUGAUUGAGUCCAGGUGAGUCCAAUAAUUGCUGAAGUGCGUGAUAAGGGAAGGCAGGUGUGCGUAAUGAUGGUGGCAGGAGUGUGUCAUGCUGGGAAACCUGGCGCCUUCGAGUUCCAGGGAGGGGGAGCGGGUGCAGGCGUGACAAGUUAUUGUUUUUCUUGCCUCUGAAAAACAGGCUUCUUACAGUUAACGAGACAGGAUUAUGGAAGGCUGGCCACAUGAGACUAGCUAAUAAUUAACAGGGGUGAAUAAAUAACUUUUAAUCCA